CAACCGCUAUCUUCCUGCAUUUGCUCUCGUUAACGCUUUGAAUUUUCGCGUUGAUAAAGUAAAGAAAGAUAAACCGGAUAAUAGUAUCUUUGACUUCAUUAACUCAAUUUACUUAAUAUCAAAACAAAACAUUUCCCAUAGUUCCUUGCGGUAAGCCGGGGGUUCAUAGCGAAGAGAAUCUGUCGACAGAGCUCAGAAAAUGAAACUUUAGCUUAGAUGCUUCGCUAGCAUUCAUCCAUGGACGAGCCUGCGCCCCCACCCGGCUCCCAAAGAGCCGGCCAGGCUCCGCGCGUCCCCAAACACCGGGUCCCCGACCCCAAAGACGGAGCUCCGGAGGAGCGAAGACCCAAAGCCAGGCCGCGCUACACGGACAAGGCACGGAAAAACGCCAAGAACCGGAAGGACAAGGCUGCGGGGGCCGAGCAGCCUGCUCCUCCUGCUGGGGAGGGACAUCAAGUGGACCCCCACCAGGACGCCCAGCAUGCCGCGGCGGAGGAGCGGGUACUGGACCCGGAGGAGGAGCAGCAGCGGGGAGACAGCCAGGCGGAAGAAACCCUCCCGCAGGAAGAAACCGAGAGCUGGGAUACCCUGUUCAACGAUGACGGGGACUGUCUGGACCCUUACCUGUUGGAGGAGCUGACAGUAAAUGACGGCAGAAAAGAGUCCACCCAGGACCCCCAGUUCGGCUAUAACCGCAUGGACAGAGAGUACGAAGAGGACAUAGACCUCAGAGAAGAUGAGCUCUCUCACAUUGUGGAGAUCUACGACUUUCCCACAGAUUUCAAGACGGAGGAUCUUCUCAAGUUGUUCCAGAGUCCCCAGCGGGGGGGCUUCGACAUCAAGUGGAUUGAUGACACCCACGCUUUGGGACUUUUCUCCAGCCCCGUAGCAGCUCGUGAAGCUCUGAGGUCCAAACAUCCGCUCAUGAAAAUCAGACCGCUCCACAAGUCCUCCCCUACCACCAAAGCCAAAGCCCGAGAAGUCUCUGACUUCCUGCUCCCACCCAAAGAGAGACCUCAGACGAGCGCCGCACUGGCCCGGCAGCUCGUGAUCGGUGCUCUGGGCGUGAAAAGCAACCUGACAAAAGAGCAGCGUGAAGCAGAGAGGAGGAAGCUCCAGGAGGCCAAAGAGCUGAAGCGUCUGGCUGCCAGACAGAGGGAGGACGCCUGGGAGGGAAAGUAAAGAGCUCACAGGACUUCUCCUUUCUUCUCUCUUCUCUUCUCCACCAGCAUGGACAAAAGUACCCCCCCCUCCAGCUCAAUCCUGAUUAGAUUUUAAUAUACACUUAGAACCAUCACCAGUGAUGGACUGUGGGUUAUUUUGCGGCUUCUUAGCUGCACAUCGCCCAGGCAACCCAAAAAGAGUUGAUCAGACCCAGCUAUGGUUCACUCCGUUCACUCCCUUUGUGAGAGAUUGCCCCAAAAGUCCUCUUAGCCUCUUAUCCUCCUCUUCCUUUGGGUCACGAUCCAGUUAUGUUAUGUGUAGCUCAUUAGGGCCUCUCUCCAUGGAGCUGCGGUUUUCUCUGGUUCUUAUCAAAUAGUUGGUGCUCUUGACUAAGCUUCUAAUAUGCACUUCUGUGCCACUCAACAGUGAUGAAUUCAUCUUUAUGGGGGGGAUGUGCAGCUGCUUUGACAACAGCCCUGGUUCUUGUUCAGACCUCACAGCCGUGUGACUGCUGAUGCUCUGUCAGAGAUACUGCACAGAAAGAUGCCAGGAAGUGUUCACGUUUUAGUCCUUGAAUUCAGAUGUUUUUGGUCCUGAUGUUAGAGGGGGUCAUUAGGGGGAAUUCAUACAUAGAUUAAUCAUCCAGAGUCUGUAAACAAACAAAUCUAAGGAAUACCGUACACACAGAUGAAUAAACGCUGAGGUUGCUUAGUUUGGCCCUUUUUGGCCCACUUCAUGUCAAUUCAUGAAACCAUGAAACAAUCUGUUUCUAAAUUUUUCUUUUUUUUAAAUAACUAAAGAGGGUUUUUAACGACAAACACAAAAAUGUAGACGUUGAAUUUUUUGAUUCGUAAUGUGUAUUUUUUUUCUUGAUGCUUCACCAAACAGAAGGAAAAGCUGUAAAUGUCAUUGAUGAAAAGAAGAAAAACACUGAAUUUGUGAACAAUUAUUUUUAGUAAAGUGUGUAUGUGAGUGUGCAUUAAUACAAAUGAUAAAUGUCAUAUCAGAUGGAACAUUUUAUUUGUUCAUUUUAUCACUUUUUUCCCAGGUAAAUAUUUAAGGCAAGAAAAUAAAACCUAUAACUUCUGA